UGGUUCUGUUCUGUCCUGUUGUACCCCCCGCGCGAAAAGAUGUGCUACCUGAAGAGGAGCCUGAGCAAAUGUGUGAACUCGCUUGUCCUCCACUUCGAGUUUGUCAAGUGCAAAAAUUUAUCGAGCUACCGAAAAAAGGGAAAGUAUUACAUGAUCAUUUCUUACGACAAAUUACUUUUUUACGAGAAGGAUUUUUACGAAGUUCAAUUCAAAAUAUUUUUUACCGACAUACGGCAGAUAUAUAUGUGCGACGAGUCCAACUAUGUGCAUGUCACUCUGAAGGAGGACGCGGCCAUUAACGACAUAGGCAUUAAGGGAAUAAACAAGAGCCUCCUCGUCAAGCAGCUAUGCGUUGCAUACAGCACGUACUACAUGUUCAACCUGAACAUGAAUAUCUACGUGCCAAUUACAAACGAGACAUACGAGGAGAGAUGCUGCAGAACCGGACGUCAUUCACAACCGAGGAAGGUCGACCUUUCCGUGCAACCGUUUAUCGGGUACCGCAAAAUCGUGUUCGACGAGUACUUCUUCUUCAUUCACAAGUCCUUUCAAAACUUUGCAUCCGUUUCGAGCGAGAGUACCUUCUACAUCGAUCACAGAGGAAUCGAAAUAAAUAUAAAGAUAGACGACCAGAAGAGCAUGAUCGAGUUGGAUGGGACGGCGGACAGUAACUUUUACCAGCUGGCAAGCAGCCACCUCAAUUUUUUAGUCAAUAACUCCAAAAUACCACUCAUCAUACGCAAAAAUUUUUACAACAAGAAGAUGAACUUAUCGGAUGACUUGGCCAAGUGGUCUGGAUAUGAGAUCUACUUGAAGAACGAGACGCAUACCAUUGUCUGUAUAAUUUUGAGGAGGUCGUUCAUCCCCCCUCUUUUGGACAAAAGUCAAGACAUAUAUGUUACGUUUAAAAUCACUCACCAGAGUCAGCAGGAGUUCAACGUCACCGAUAAGGACCUGUAUGCAGAAGUGUACGUGGUGGCCAACUCGAUCACACCCAACGACAUCCACAACACCUUCUACGCCAAUCUGAUACAAGUCCAAGUGGACGCUCUCCUUUACAACUCUGAGGUGUAUGCAUAUUUCGAGUCGGCCUUAAAAAUGAAGCCAUCCUACUUUGACGACCUAAAGAUGUUUUUCAAAUCUAUGCUGAUCAUGUUGAAGGAAGGAGACGUCGUGAUUAGCUCUGACGUGAUGGACUUCCUGGGGGAGGACACCAAGGUGGAGAGAAACCUCGAGUACCUCCUGAACGUCAUCCUGAACCGGAUUCCAGGCGUGAACCUCCUGGACACCCACAAAAGCGAACAGAUCAAAAUAAACCGAGUGCUGCACCGACUAUCGGACUAUCUGCUCUACUGCCUAGAUUCGGGGUUCCUAUCGGAGAAGUUCAACGUAACGGAUCUGAUCAAAGGGGCGAUCGCCAUCAACGCGGACAACAUGCUGCCCAUGAACGACGUGAUGAACUUCCUGCUGCACCUGCGCAAACGGGACUACGCCAUGGCCUACCGGAAGGACUGUCUGGAGCUCCUUCGGGAGGAGGAGGAGGAGACACCCAUCCAGGGGGCCAAUUCGGCACAAUCGCUUACUACGGGGGCCACUCCAAAAAGUGCUACGGUUGCUGUGCCACGCACACAAAUAGAGCGCCUCCUAGAGAAUGAGGACCACUCAGUUAGCGACUUCCUCCUGUUCCACCUGCACCAGUGUGGCUACAUCAACCAGCAUUGCCGAUACAAACACGACACCAGCUACAAACAAAUCAUCGCAUGCAUCCUCAAGUACGGAGUAAAUAUGAAAAUAAAAAAAAAAAUUCUAAAAAAGCUACUCAUUUUCUCGAAUGAUUAUAAGAAUAAAUAUGACUCCUCCCUGAUAAGUGCGAUCAUGUACUUUUUGGCUAGCUUAUGCGAAGAAAAAAAAAAAAAAAAAAAAAAAAAUCUAGCUAUCCUCAUAUUAAGCAUAUUAAUAAAUAUUACAAACAAUAACGAAGAAACGAAGAAUGUCCUCAUACGUUUUGGAAUACACAAACUAUGUAACCUGUUAAUCCUAUCGAAUGAUUGUGAUGUUAUACAGAAAAUUGUUCUCCUCUACAUAAAUUUGAGUAAAAGUAAGUGGAUGUGUGAAGGUAUUGUAAACAGCGGGAUCCUCCUACAUAUGAUAGACAUUCUUUUUAAUACCUACUCCAUUAACUUACGAGCGAAGAAGGAGAUCUGUAUUAACAUCCUCUGCGUUAUUGGGCAGGUCUGUAAUUAUUGCAAAAGUUAUGCUCAGUUUUUACUUUCCCAUUAUGUGGAGAUCGUCGUUGCUGCCAUUUGUAUUUAUCAGUCCACAGACAUACAACAGUUUGAAAAAGUCAAGUUGAUCUACUUUUUUAAAAAAAUGCUCAUACACAGUUACCAGAUGAAGGAGCAGAUCUGCCUCCAACUGUCUCCUCUAAUUAUUAUGGAAAUACAUGCCGCUUCGGAAGACAGAGACUUUAUUUACUCCUCCUUGUCUCUCUUUGACGCCAUGUGCUGCUACAAGGUUAACUGCCUCCACUUGGAAAGGAUGCAGAUAAUGCCACUCCUCCAGUUUGUGAAAUCGCUCAACAUCGUGGAGCUCUACAAGCGCGCCGAACGGAUCGAGGCCAUGAUUAGCAAAAAUGGGCAACUUCGUUAA